GUUUCCGGAGGGGAGCGGCUGUGGCGCUCCAUGUGGGAGCUGCUGUGAGGAGCUGGGGCUCGGAGUGACCGACGUGGAGCGUCGGCCCGUGGUUCGGAAACCCGCCAGCGUGGGAGAUGACGUCCUUAGCCCAGCAGCUCCAGCGACUCGCCCUCCCUCAGAGUGACCCCAGCCUCUUAUCUAGAGAUGAAGUUGCCUCCUUGUUGUUUGACCCCAAGGAGGCGGCCACCAUCGACAGGGACACCGCCUUUGCCAUUGGUUGCACUGGCUUGGAAGAGCUGCUUGGAAUUGAUCCUUCCUUUGAGCAGUUUGAAGCGCCGUUGUUCAGCCAGCUAGCAAAGACCUUGGAGCGCAGCGUUCAGACCAAGGCGGUGAACAAACAGCUGGAUGAAAGCAUUUCAUUAUUUCUUAUUCACUUGUCCCCUUACUUCCUGCUGAAGCCAGCACAGAAGUGUCUGGAGUGGUUGAUUCACAGGUUCCACAUCCAUCUUUAUAAUCAAGAUAGCCUCAUUGCUUGUGUUCUACCAUACCAUGAGACAAGAAUAUUUGUGCGGGUUAUACAGCUUCUAAAAAUUAAUAAUUCAAAGCACAAAUGGUUCUGGUUGUUGCCAGUUAAGCAAUCUGGAGUGCCCUUAGCUAAAGGAACUUUGAUUACCCACUGCUACAAAGAUCUUGGAUUCAUGGAUUUCAUUUGUAGUCUGGUAACAAAGUCUGUGAAGGUUUUUGCUGAGUAUCCUGGGAGUUCAGCUCAGUUGAGAGUUCUCUUAACUUUUUAUGCUUCUACCAUCGUAUCUGCUUUGGUAACUGCUAAGGACAUGUCGGACAAUGUGGUUGCUAAGCUAUUUCCAUAUAUCCAAAAGGGAUUGAAAUCAUCUUUACCAGAUUACAGAGCUGCAACAUAUAUGAUAAUAUGUCAGAUUUCUGUGAAUGUGACAAUGGAAGACACCAUCGUCAAUUCAUUGGCUUCACAGAUCAUCAAAACAUUGACUAAAACUCCCUCUUUGAUCAAGGACGGAUUAGGUUGCUUGAUAGUGCUCCUGCAGAGACAGAAGCCAGAGAACCUUGGGAAAAAGCCAUUUCCUCACUUGUGUAAUGUUCCUGAUCUUGUUACAAUACUUCAUGGGAUUUCAGAAACAUAUGACAUCAGUCCUCUUCUGCGUUACAUGCUUCCCCAUCUGGUCGUCUUCAUCAUUAGUCAUGUUACAGGAGAAGGAACUGAAGGGAUGGAUGGUCAAAUCUACAGGAAACACUUGGAGGCUAUACUUACACAUAUAUCACUGAGGAACAACUUAGACCAUUUGUUGGCUAGCCUUCUUUUUGAAGAGUAUAUUUCAUAUAGUUCACAGGAAGAAAUCGAUCCUAAUAAAGUAUCUUUGCUUAAUGAACAGUUUCUUCCACUUAUCAGACUUUUAGAAAGCAAAUAUCCUAGGACAUUAGAUGUUGUCUUAGAGGAACACCUGAAGCAAAUCACAGACCCAGGGAAACAGGAGCUUUUCCACCAGUUUCUCUCUCUCUCUGCAAGUGGAGGAAAGUAUCAGUUUUUAGCAGAUUCUGAUACUUCCUUGAUGCUCAGUCUGAAUCAUCCACUUGCCCCUGUGAGACUUCUGGCCGUUAAUCAUCUGAAAAAUAUUGUGAAAACAUCAAAGGAGAAUAUCGAUGAGUCUUUCAUAAAAGAAGCUAUUUUAACCCGAUUAGGUGAUGAUAAUAUAGAUGUUGUUUUGUCGGCUGUAAGUGCUUUUGAGAUUUUUAAGAGACACUUUAGUCCAGAAGUGACUGUUUCACAUCUUCUGAAUCUCUUUCAAAGACCAGACCUUUCAAAAAAUAGGGCAUGGUAUGAGGUACUUGAGGUGGCAGCAAACAUAUUAAUUAAAGAAGAAAUGCUGAGUGGAAAUGAUGAGUUAGCAAAUCAGGUAGUGGUGCGACUGCUUCCGUUCAUGGUCAUUGACAGUGACAAUCUGGAGUCUGCCGAUAUGAAAUUCGCUCUUUAUUUAUCCAAAUCAGGAAUUUGCUCUCUGCACCCUAUACUAAGAGGCUGGAAAGAAGCUCUUGAAAAUGUGAUUAAAAGCACAAAGUCAGGCAGACUAAUUGGUGUAGCAAAUCAGAAGAUGAUUGAGUUGUUGGCUGAUAAUAUACAUUCAGGGGAUCCUUCUUCAAUGUUAAAAAUGGUGGAGGAUUUAAUCAGUGUUGGGGAAAAAGAGUCCUUUAGUCUGAAGCAGAAAGUGACAUUUCACGUGAUCAUGGCCGUGCUUAUCUCUUGCUGUUCGUCUUUAAAAGGAACUCACUUUCCAUUUGCGAUAAGAGUCUUCAGUUUGUUACAGAAAAAAAUAAAGAAGCUUGAACGUGUCAUCACUGCAGUGGAAGUCCCCUCAGAAUGGCAUUCUGAGCUGAUGAUGGACAGGGGCAUACCAGUGCAGCUGUGGUCACAUUACGUGCAGCAGGUCAGCACUGCCCAGAGGAUUGCUGUGGAGGACUCGGUGCUACUCGUGUUUUCGCUGAAAAAUUUUAUUCAUGCGCUAAAGGCUCCUAAAUCUUUUCCUAAAGAUGAUGUAUGGUGGAAUCCUGAACCACUGGAAGAAGACAGCAGAGACUACCUGCGCUUGCUCAUUGGGCUCUUUGAGGUUAUACUCAGUGGUGCUGACACCACGCAUUUCAGGGUGCUGAUGAAGCUUUUCAUAAAGGUACAUCUAGAAGAUGUUUUUCAGUUAUUCAAGUUCUUUUCUGUUUUGUGGACCUAUGGUUCUAGCCUUUCAAAUCCACUGAGCUGCAGUGUGAAGACAGUGCUACAGACUCAAGCUCUGUAUGUGGGAUGUGCAAUGCUGUCCUCCCAGAAGCCCCAGUGUAAAGCCCACCUGGCUUCCAUGUCUUCCCCAGUGGUGGCGUCUCUGCUCCUUAACCUGGGAAGCCCCACGAAGGAAGUGCGGAGGGCGGCCGUUCACUGUCUGCAGGCCCUCAGUGGAGUGGCAUCCCAGUUUCAGCUGGUGAUAGAGCACGUGGUUCCCAAAGCAGAGGAAAUCACCUCGGAUGCCACCUACAUCAUCCAGGAUUUGGCUACUUUAUUUGAGGAACUACAGAGAGAAAAGAAACUGAAAUCUCAUCAGAAGUUGUCUGAAACUUUGAAAAACCUGCUUUAUUGUGUAUCUAGUUGCCCAUCUUAUGUUGCAAAAGAUCUGAUGAAAGUCCUUCAGGGAGUCCACAGUGAGAUGGUGCUUUCUCAGCUGUUGCCUAUGGUUGAACAACUGUUGGAAAAGAUCCAGAAGGAGCCCUCGGCUGUCCUGAAAGAUGAGGCCACUGUUUUACAUCUCACUCUGGGAAAAUAUAAUGAAUAUUCAGCUUCUCUUUUACAUAAAGACCCAAAGAGUUUAGAUAUAUUUAUAAAAGCCAUGCACACAACAGAGGAACUUUUCAUAGGAAUGCCAGCCGUUCAGAUUGCAGCCCUCGAAAAGAUUACAAAGCCAUUUUUCGCAGCUAUAUCAGAUGAAAAAGUUCAGCAGAAGCUUUUGUGCACGUUGUUUGACUUAUUGGUGAACUGUAAAGAUGCACAUUGUGCUCAGACUGUUAGCAGUGUUUUUAAAGGGAUUUCCGUCAAUGCUGAACAAGUCAGAAUAGAACUGGAGCCACCAGAUAAAACUAAGUCCUUGGGCACAAUUCAGCAAACAAGAAGGCAAAAAAUGCAGCAGAAAAAAUUACAAGAUGUAGAAUCUGUUCAGGAAGUUGGAGGUUCUUACUGGCAAAGAGUAACCCUCAUCCUAGAAUUACUGCAGCACAAAAAGAAGCUCAAAAACCCUCAGAUAUUGAUACCAACUCUUUUCAACCUGCUGUCAAGGUGUUUAGAACCUUUGCCACCGGAGCAGGGGAACAUGGAGUACACCAAACAGUUAAUUCUCAGUUGUUUGCUUAACAUCUGCCAAAAACUCUCUCUAGAUGGUGGCAAAAUAUCAAAAGAUGUUCUAGAUGAGGAGAAGUUCAAUGUGGAAUUGAUUGUCCAGUGCAUCCGCGUCUCAGAGAUGCCUCAGACCCAUCACCACGCCCUUUUACUUCUGGGGACUGUGGCGGGAAUAUUUCCUGAUAAAGUUCUACACAAUAUUAUGUCUAUUUUUACAUUUAUGGGAGCCAACGUCAUGCGUCUAGAUGACACUUACAGUUUUCAAGUUAUUAAUAAGACAGUGAAAAUGGUUAUCCCAGCACUUAUUCAGUCUGAUGGUGGAGGCUCUGGAGAAGUCACACGGAAUGUGGAGGAGACCGUGGUGAGGAUCACGAGUGUGUUUGUGGAUGCGCUGCCGCACGUUCCCGAGCACCGGCGCCUGCCUGUCCUGGCUCAGCUCAUCGACACGCUUGGCGCAGAAAGAUUCCUCUGGGUUCUCCUCGUCCUGCUCUUUGAGCAGUAUGUCACCAAAACAGUGCUGACGGCUGCCAGUGGAGAGAAGGAUGCUAUGUUAGAAGCAGACACUGAAUUUUGGAUUUCAGUCUGUUGUGAAUUUAGUGUCCAGCAGCAGAUACAAAGCUUAAUGAAUAUCCUCCAGUACUUAUUAAAGCUGCCAGAGGAAAAAGAAGAAGCCACCCCUAAAGCUGCACCUAGUAAGGGUGGGGCCCCGCCGGAAGUGCUGCAGGUUUUCGACGUAGACGCUCACACUGGCAAGCAGCUGCGGCACUUCAAGUUUCUGUCAGUGUCCUUCAUGUCUCAGCUCCUGGCUUCCAGUCAUUUUAUCAGAAAGGUAGUUGAAAGUGGUGGUCCUCAAGUUUUAAAAGGCCUUGAACAAAGGUUGCUGGAAGCCGUCCUGGGCUACAUCAGCGCGGUUGCACAGUCGGUGGAGAAGAACGCAGACCAGCUAACGGGGAAGUUCUGGCGAGCGCUUCUCAGCAAAGCGUAUGACAUGUUAGACAAGGUCAAUGCCUUGCUGCCCACAGAAACCUUCAUUCCUGUGAUUAGAGGGCUGCUGAGUAACCCCCUGCCGUCUGUUCGCCGGAAAGCAAUGGAUCUUUUGAACAACAAGCUACAGCAGAAAGCGUCCUGGAAGAAGAAAACCGUUUGCCAUUUCCUACAACUGGUUCCAGUCCUUUUGGCCAUUGUGCAGCGUAAGAAAAGGGGGACAGAAGAACAAGCGGUAAACAGACAGACAGCUCUGUAUACCCUGAAGCUUUUAUGCAAGAAUUUUGGUGUAGAAAACCCAGAGCCUUUUGUCCCCGUGCUGAACACGGCGGUGAAACUGAUCGCUCCAGAAAAGAGGGACGAGAAGAACGUCGUGGGCAGCGCCCUGCUGUGCGUGGCGGAGGUGGCCUCCACCCUGGGCGCGCUGGCCGUGCCCCAGCUGCCCAGCCUGAUGCCCUCAUUGCUGACAACAAUGAAAAAUACCAGCGAGCUGGUGUCCAGUGACAUCUAUCUGCUCAGCGCCUUGGCAGCCCUGCAGAAGGUGGUGGAGACUCUCCCCCACUUCAUCAGCCCCUACCUGGAAGGUGUUCUGUCACAGGUGAUUCAUUUGGAGAAAAUCACCAAUGAAAUGGGUUCAGCCUCCCAGGCUAUUGUCCGUCUCACGUCUCUUAAAAAGACACUGGCCACCACUCUGUCACCCCGCGUCCUGCUACCGGCCAUCAACAAAACAUACAAGCAGAUCCAGAAGCACUGGGAGAAUCACAUGGGUCCAUUUAUGAGCAUCUUGCAAGAGCACAUCAGGGUCAUGAAGAAGGAAGAGCUCACCUCCCAUCAGUCUCAGCUCACUGCAUUUUUCUUGGAGGCCCUGGACUUCAGAGCACAGCACCCUGAGGAUGAUCUGGAAGAAGUUGGAAAAACAGAAAAUUAUAUUAUUGACUGUCUAGUGGCUAUGGUGGUGAAACUUUCUGAAGUCACCUUCAGACCCUUGUUUUUCAAGUUGUUUGAUUGGGCUAAGACAGAGGAUGCCCCAAAGGACAGACUGUUGACGUUUUACAACCUGGCGGAUUGCGUUGCUGGGAAACUGAAAGGGCUUUUCACUCUGUUUGCUGGCCACUUAGUGAAGCCUUUCGCUGACACCUUGAACCAAGUGAACAUCUCCAAGACAGAUGAAGCAUUUUUUGACACAGAAAAUGACCCUGAAAAGUGCUGCUUGCUCUUACAGUUUAUUUUGAACUGUUUAUAUAAAAUCUUCCUUUUUGACACCCAGCAUUUCUUAAGUAAAGAGAGAGCAGAAGCCCUGAUGAUGCCCCUCGUGGACCAGCUGGAGAACAGGCUCGGAGGGGAGGAGACGUUCCAGGAGCGGGUAACGAAGCACCUGAUUCCGUGCAUUGCUCAGUUCUCAGUGGCCAUGGCCGAUGACUCUCUUUGGAAACCACUGAACUACCAGAUUCUGCUGAAGACGAGAGACUCCUCGCCCAAGGUUCGAUUUGCUGCCCUCAUUACCGUGUUAGCACUGGCUGAAAUGCUAAAGGAGAAUUAUAUCGUCUUGCUACCAGAAUCCAUUCCUUUCUUAGCUGAAUUGAUGGAAGAUGAGUGUGAAGAAGUAGAACAUCAGUGCCAGAAGACUGUUCAGCAGCUGGAAGCUGUACUGGGAGAGCCGCUGCAGAGCUACUUCUAAGACUUUGGGUUUUUGAUGUUUCAUACUCUGUUCAGAGUUUGGAUUUAUGUUUUAUAUUUUUAUUUUUGGGUGUUUGGGGCCAUGUUAUUUUUGGUGCCUUAACACCUAUGUGGACUUGACAAAAUUCCUACCUGGUGGUUUGUGCAUCCCUUCAGCCCCUCCUGCCAUCUGUACAGAACUGCAAAGAGUAAAGGAUAC